CGGGCCCCAAUCUUAAGUCACAUUGUAAAUGGCACUAAUUAUUUCGACUUAUCUUUAGGUAACUAACUUAACAAUAAGGUGCUAAAAUAUUGUAAAAAUUUGCAAAAGUUUGACUAGUUUAUAGGUGUGUUGGUGCUCCUGAGUUGUCAUUAGAGUUACUCAGGCCCGUACUGGACUGAAUUCUUAUUGAAAAUAAUCGUGUUUAUAACACCAAAUAAUCAUUUUUUCGGUAACCAAUUAAUGUUUCCAAUAUUGUCAGCCCUGUCCUGUCCCCCUCGUGUUUUCAAAAUGUCAACCGUUUAACGUCACCAAACCAAAAUCCAUCAAAAUUCCAGUAAUUCUGCAUAAUUAUUAAUGGGCGCGUUGGGUGUAUGGUCCUGAGCCCCCAAAUCGCCGUUAUGAUAUAAAAAAUCGCACCGGAGUUAAGUGUUUGUCCGCCAUAACCUCACAUUUCACGAUGUGGGACUCCACAAUGUUCCUGAGCACUCUCACCCCGAAAUUCUACGUGGCAUUAACCGGAACCUCGUCUUUGAUUUCCGGUUUGAUCCUCAUUUUCGAAUGGUGGUAUUUCCGUAAGUACGGCACAAGUUUCAUCGAACAAAUUUCCCUCAAUCACAUCAGCCCCUGGAUCAGUGGCGUCGACAGUAACGAGAAUGGGGGCUCGAGUAACUCUAGUAGUUCGCAGAGUAGCGUUCCUGAGUGUAAAGUGUGGCGAAAUCCGCUGAAUUUGUACAGAGGGGCUGAAUACCAAAGAUUUUAUUGGGCGACGAAUAAGGAGCCCUUGACCUACUAUGAUAUGAAUUUGUCGGCUCAGGACCACCAGACGUUCUUCACGUGCGAGGCAGACGCAGGCAAAGCCGAGUAUGAGAUUAUGCAAACUGCAUGGCGGGAGAGGAACCCCAUGGUGAGGAUUAAAGCAGCACAUAAUGCCUUGGAGAAGAGUCCUGAGUGCGCCCCUGCGUACAUUUUGUUGGCCGAAGAAGAAGCAACGACGAUCACUGAAGCCGAGAAAAUCCUGAAACAGGCACUGAAAGUGGCAGAAACUAACUAUAGGAAAUCGCAAGCGCUGCAACAUCAAGGGAGUCUGAUGGAGGCACAGCACCGGCGUGACACCAACGUCCUAAUUUACAUAAAAAGGAGGUUGGCAAUGUGUGCGCGUCGUUUGGGCAAGUUGAAAGAGGCGGUGAAGAUGUUCCGUGAUUUAACCAAAGAAGUCCCUCCAAUAAUGAACGUUUUAAACAUUCACGAAAACUUGAUCGAGGCAUUACUCGAGAUGCAAGCCUACGCCGAUGUCCAGGCCGUGUUGGCGAAAUACGACGACAUCUCCUUGCCCAAAUCCGCGACGAUUUGCUACACGGCCGCCCUCCUCAAAGCCCGUCUAGUCGCCGACAAGUUCUCCCCGGACAUCGCCAGCAAACGGGGGCUAAACCCAGCGGAAAUGGCCGCCGUGGAGGCCAUCCACCGCGCCGUCGAAUUCAACCCCCAUGUGCCGAAAUACCUCCUCGAGAUGAAGCCCCUGAUUUUGCCCCCCGAGCAUGUGCUGAAGCGGGGCGAUUCGGAGGCCAUCGCCUACACGUUUUUCCACCUGGCGCAUUGGAAGGCCGUGGAUGGGGCGCUCAAUUUGCUGCAUUGCACGUGGGAGGGCACCUUUAGGAUGCUGCCGUACCCCCUCGAGCGCGGGCACCUCUUCUACCCCUACCCCACGUGCACGGAAUGCGCCGACCGCGAACUCUUGCCGGCCUUCCACGAGGUCUCAGUCUACCCCAAGAAGGAGUUGCCGUUUUUUAUUAUCUUUACAGCGGGGUUGUGUUCCUUCACGGCGCUGUUGACGCUCUUGACUCAUCAGUACCCCGAACCGAUGGGGGUUGUUGCCAAAGCGGUCCUCAGUUGGCUCUCUACUCCAGUCUAUUACGUCUAUGAGAAAAUUGAGAGUAUGUUGCCGGCGAAUUUGCUGCAACAGUUGUCGAGAAUUUAAUUCGAGACGAAUUUUGAACGUACUCUGUGUUAGGGUUAGGUUUUAAUAUCUAGGUAGCUGUUUUUUUAAAUUAUUUUCAAAGUGAUUAUAUUUUGUGUUAUUGAUUGUGAGCUUUUUUACGUCGGAUUUUAUUUAUUGUUUAUUUUUUCUUGUCACUGUUUGUCCGAACUUAUUAUUUAAGGGAAAUGUGAUUAUGCAAAUAAAUGACAUUGAGUGGCGUUUGAUUCCAA